CAGCACAUACUGUGCCGACCCUCCAUAAGGGAUAAGGGCAAGUGGAUGAUGAUGAUGAUGAUGGGUAAAAACUUUCAUUGGCAGCAUUGAAUGUCAAAGUCAAGUUGCGAUCAUAUGUCAAAUCAAAUGAACAAUAUAGUCAUUUUCUGCAGGGUUUUUGUGUUUUAAGAUAAUAUUUUUUUAUAUUUGUUUCAGUUAUUAGGUUUUCAUAUUUUAAUAUCAACAGUAUUUGCCAAUAUGGAUGAAUAUCUAAGCGACAGCGAGGGCGAUCGGGAGAGCGAGGAGGAGUUGAGUGAGGUGGAGCAGGCGAAUGCCAUCGUUGUGGAGACGGUGAGCGACAGCAGCAGUGAGGAGGACGAAGGCAGCCAGGUGAUGGUGCGGCGACAGCCUACUGUAGUAGAGAAACACUUCGACAAAUCUCUGGCUGCGACUCACUCGUACAUGGGCAGGGAACUGAUUCCGCUGAGCGGGCACGCGCCGCUGGAGGCGGGCUGGCGCGGCCGGCUGCCCGUGGCGGCGCAUACGGGCGCCGUCUUCCCCGGAGAGACCGUGCCCAUGCUGCUGCCGGACCCCGACGACGCUACCAUCCUCAGUACCACCAUUCAAAAUGACAAACUAUUUGGCCUGCUGUGUCCCGACGCGACGGGCGCGCUGGUGUCGGGCUACGGCAAUUACAUAUUAGGAUCUACCGACCUUAAUGCUAUUAGAAAAAGCGUCAAAUAUGCCAACAUUCUUGCUGCUGAGGUGCAGGCUGACGGCGCCCUCCGCCGCCAGCGCGAGCCCCUCGUGCCGCACCUCGCCGCUGCUUUCUACCACCACCACGCCCGCUAA